UAAUUUGAAGGUUUGAUGGAUUAAUAUUGACCCAGCUUAAUAAAACUCGAUCAUUACAAUUGACUUAAAUCCAUUUCUCUAUAAAAAGCAGUUAAUGGGAUAUAGCCUGAUCAUCAAUAGAACAAACAAAAAAAAAAGUGAAACAAGAUGAUUGCUUUGGUGUUAGGAACCAUUUUUGUCGGAUCAAUUCCCAUGUUCAUUUACACACGACGUGCAAACGGUCAUGAGCCAAUACCGAAACAUAAACGAGGUGGAAGCAGCAUCCUCGCAGUAUGUCUAAUCCUGCUUUUGUUCCUAACGCAAGCACUUGGAGCAAAUGUAUGCAACGCUGCCGAGGGAACCUGUAAAGCCGGAGCAAAGUCCGAGACAUAUGCCGGAGACGAGUUUGAUCCCUUUCACGUCGCUGACCAUUAUGACGAUGGUGAUGAUUGAUGAUCGACGGGCGAUAUGCAUCCCCUGAAUCUUCUCUUUUUUUUUUUCUUUAAUAAUUUACCCAAAAAAAUCUUGUUACAGUAUAUGCAUUUUUAAAUCGAAUGUUAUUUCUCAUAUUCAAUUUCCAAUAAUGAAAUAAAAAUGUGUGUUUUUCAAUAGUU